GCCAGUUUCCCCGCAAUGCGUCUCUCUAGCCUCAUCGCCACUGCCUCGUUGGCUGCCUCGGCGCUAGCGCACUACACGCUGCCCACGCUCAUCGUCAAUGGCCAGCCGUCUGGCGAGUGGGUUAACAUCCGCCGCACUAACAACUACAACACGCAGGCACCGGUCCAAGACGUCACCUCCCCAGACUUCACCUGCUACACCUCCGAGACGCACGCGACCGCGACGACCGCCGAGGUCGCCGCCGGCUCGUCCGUCAGCAUCAAGGCGAACGGGCCCAUGUACCACGCCGGCGUCGUCAACGUGUACAUGGCGAGCGCGAACCCGGACGCGGCGUCGUACGACGGCUCCGGGCAGAAGUGGUUCAAGGUGUAUGAGAUCCCGCCGGUGACGAAUGGGGGGAGCUCGAUUUCGUUCCCGGGGUCGGACAUCGACACGAUCACCUUCACGAUCCCCAAGAGCCUGCCGAGCGGCGACUACCUCAUUCGCGCUGAGCACAUUGCUCUGCACAGCGCGUCGAGCUUUGGCGGUGCCCAAUUCUACCUGAGCUGCGCUCAAGUCAAGGUCACCGGCGGCGGAAACGGCUCUCCAGGCCCGCUCGUCUCCAUCCCAGGCGUCUACACCGGCAACGAGCCAGGAAUCCUCAUCAACAUCUACUACCCCGUCCCCGCCAAUUACACCAUGCCCGGGCCCGCUGUCUGGCACGGAUAAGGGCUCGCUUGGGAGAUUGGCGAAGUUCACCGGAUAUAUGCUACUGUCUGCGGUUCGCACACGAAGAGGGAAAGUAGGAUAACAUUGUCUGCAGGGUAUAUAAUGAAUGGUAUCUAUAUGGAAUUCACGUCGUGCACUACGACUCGGAAUAGGAUGAGGUAAGGCUACAAUGUCGUGCUGGCUGGUAAUAACAUGAGGCGGUGAGUAGGGAUGUACGAGCGGGACUGUAGGCGAUACAUAGUCAUCGUGUAAGAAACGGGAGCCGAAACCAUCAAGGUCCUCCA